AUGGGAAACUGCUGCAGAAAACCAGUGACUCAUGUGUCUUCCACGAGUUUCUUUGGAAGCACAAAGUCUCGAAGUAAGACAAUACAGAACGCAAAUUCUACGGAAGGAAAAGCUCCUUUAAAAACUUCAUCAUCCAAUGUUGACAAGCCGAUCUCCAAUAAUCUUAAGUCCUUCACCUUCAAUGAUCUAAGAGAGGCCACUAAGAACUUCAGGCAAGAAAACUUAAUUGGAGAAGGAGGGUUUGGAUUUGUAUACAAGGGGUGGAUAGAUGAGAACACUUGUGCUCCCACAAGACCAGGGACUGGAAUUGUAGUGGCCAUCAAGAAACUUAAACCAGAAGGUUUUCAGGGCCACAGAGAAUGGCUGGCAGAAAUCAAUUAUUUAAGCCAGCUUCACCAUGACAAUCUGGUGAAACUUAUUGGUUACUGCUCAGAUGGGAAAAACAGGCUUUUAGUUUAUGAGUUUAUGCAGAAAGGAAGUUUGGAAAAUCAUUUAUUCAGAAAAUGUGUUCAACCAAUUCCCUGGAUUACCCGAAUAAACAUUGCAGUUGCUGUUGCAAGAGGACUAACAUUUUUACAUACCCUUGAUGCAAAUGUUAUAUAUCGUGAUUUAAAGGCCUCCAACAUCCUACUUGAUUCGGAUUUCAACCCAAAGCUUUCGGAUUUUGGUUUGGCAAGAGAUGGUCCUACUGGAGAUAACACUCAUGUAUCAACCAGAGUUAUUGGAACUCAUGGUUAUGCUGCACCAGAGUAUGUAGCUACAGGUCAUUUGACCCCAAGGAGUGAUGUAUACAGCUUUGGAGUUGUGUUGUUAGAGUUGCUAACUGGAAGGUGUGUAGUCGAAGAUGAGAGACCUGGAAUUUCAGAAGAAACACUGGUGGAUUGGGCAAGACCUUUCCUGAGUGACAGCAGAAGAAUUUUGAGAAUCAUGGACUCAAGGUUAGGUGGUCAAUACUCCAAGAAAGGAGCACAAGCUGCAGCAGCACUUGCACUACAAUGUCUAAAUACAGAUCCGAAAUACAGACCAACUAUGGUAAAUGUUCUAGCAGUAUUGGAAACACUAAAUUCCUCAAAUUCAUUCCCAAGGACCCCAAAAUCUGGAACUGAGAAUCAUACAACAAAGUAUUCUAGUCAUUCCCAAAAAUCAGCUACAAAUAGUAACAAACUAUGA